UUUUUAUUCCCUUACCGCCCUCCCACUUUCAUUUCCCGGUCACUACUCCACCUCCUGCACACAAAACAAUCCACACACAUACUUUCUCUCUCUAAAAUAGAUACAUUUUUUAUAUCUAACACACCUUCUUCUCAAAUCUGAGAGAGCUUCUGAAUCACUCAAAAAUAAUGCUCAUUUUGCUUCGUCAUGUGCAUCCUCUGACAAUCUGACACAUUCUAUACAUAUAUAAUUUAUAUCUAUAUCUGUACAUUUAUACCUACAUAUAUAUUUAUAUGUAUAUAUAUAUUUAUUUAAUCGUUAAUUAAUUUUGACCUGAGUUGAAUCGGUCAAUGGCAGCAUCCUCAUCAAGAGGAACAACAACAAACAGUUCAUCAAAUUACAAUAACAACAAGCCUUCAAGUCCAUUUUCAUCAUCUUCAUCUUCUUCAUCAUUUAAGCAGCAGCAGCAGCAACAGAGUAGUGCAAUUCAUCGAUCUUCAUCUUCCGGUGCGACGUCGUUUUACGGAAACACGAGAUCUGAUACUCUUAAUCGAAGUACUUCCGAUUCGAUGUACGGCGGAGGCGGCGGCGGUUAUGGAGGAGGUUAUCAGUCUGCUGAUGACAUGAUUGAUGAGCAGCAGAUGGAUGAUGUGUCGAGACCGGCCGGUGGCGAUAGCAUUUCGGUUACUAUUCGGUUUCGGCCGUUGAGUGAGAGAGAAUAUCAGAGAGGAGACGAGGUUGCGUGGUAUGCCGACGGAGACAAAAUUGUGCGAAAUGAGUAUAAUCCAGCUACUUCUUAUGCAUUUGAUAAAGUGUUUGGAUCGUAUGCGGAGACUCAGGACGUGUAUGAAGUAGCUGCUGGACCUGUUAUAAGAGCGGCUAUGGAAGGCAUUAAUGGAACUGUGUUUGCGUAUGGUGUUACAAGUAGUGGAAAAACCCAUACAAUGCAUGGUGAUCAUAAUUCUCCAGGAAUAAUUCCGUUGGCAAUAAAGGAUGUGUUCAGCAUUAUUCAGGAUACACCAGGAAGGGAGUUCUUACUACGUGUAUCAUAUAUUGAGAUAUAUAAUGAGGUGAUCAAUGAUCUUCUUGAUCCAACCGGCCAGAAUCUGCGUGUUCGAGAAGAUGCUCAGGGCACAUAUGUUGAAGGUAUAAAGGAAGAGGUGGUUUUAUCUCCUGGACAUGCCCUUUCUUUCAUUGCUGCUGGUGAAGAGCACCGACACAUUGGUUCAAAUAACUUCAACCUUCUUAGCAGUCGUAGUCACACUAUAUUUACACUGAUGAUUGAAAGUAGCUCUCAUGGUGACGAAUAUGAUGGAGUCAUAUUUUCCCAACUUAAUUUAAUUGAUUUAGCGGGAUCAGAGAGCUCGAAAACUGAGACAACGGGAUUGAGGAGGAAGGAAGGAUCUUACAUAAACAAAAGUCUGCUAACCCUUGGAACUGUGAUCGGAAAGCUUAGUGAGGGAAGGGCAUCUCAUGUUCCUUAUAGAGAUUCCAAGCUUACCCGUAUUCUACAAUCUUCAUUGAGUGGCCAUGGUCAUGUUUCACUUAUCUGCACUAUAACUCCGGCAUCAAGUAGUAUGGAGGAGACUCACAAUACAUUAAAGUUUGCAAGUAGGGCAAAACGCAUUGAAAUCUUUGCCUCUCAGAAUAAGAUUAUUGACGAAAAAUCUUUAAUUAAGAAGUACCAAAGAGAGAUAUCAGCUCUCAAACUAGAGCUUGAUCAAUUGCGGAGGGGGAUGCUUGUAGGUGUCAAUCCAGAAGAGAUAUUGACCUUAAAACAAAAGUUAGAAGAAGGACAAGUGAAGAUGCAAUCACGCUUAGAGGAAGAGGAAGAAGCCAAGGCUGCUCUCAUGAGCAGGAUUCAGAGACUAACAAAGUUAAUACUUGUUUCCUCAAAAAAUACAAUUCCUGGGUUGACUGAUGUAUCAGCUCAGCAAAACAGUAUUUCUGCUAAUGAUGAUGAGAAUGGUUCCCUGCUCUUGCACAGUGACAUUCAAAAUGAUUUAUCAGCAGUAGGUAGCACUAUUACCGAAUCUACUCAAGCGGGUGAAGUUUUUAGCCGUUCUGCCAGCGGUGUGAAGCUGCUAACGGGUGGACUCUCACUAGAUGAGAUGGACCUUCUUGUGGAGAGAGUGAAGAUGCUUGCUGGAGAGAUCGCAUUCAGUACGAGUACCAUGAAACGUCUAGUGGAACAGUCUGCAAAUGAUCCUGAGAGCUCGAAGUCCCAAAUUGAUCAGUUGGAACAUGAUAUAGAAGAAAAAAGAAGGCAAAUGAGGGACUUGGAGAAACAGAUUGUUGAAAGCAAUGAAGCUUCAAUUUCUAAUACGUCUUUGGCUGAUAUGCAGCAGACAAUGAUGAAAUUAAUGACACAGUGUGAUGAGAAGGGUUUUGAGCUAGAGAUUAUGUCUGCAGACAACCGAAUCCUCCAGGAAGAAUGGAAGAACAAGUGUGCAGAAAACAAAGAACUGCAAGAAAGAAUUAUACUGCUUGAACAACAGCUGGCUAUGGCUAAUGAGAGGCAAUCACCACCAUUGGAUCAUGGAUCCAAAGAGUACAUCGAUGGGCUAAAGACGAAAAUUAAAAUUCAGGAAGUGGAGAACGAAAAGCUAAAACUCGAACAUAUUCAAAUUCGAGAGGAGAACAGUGGAUUAUAUGUGCAGAAUCAGAAAUUGUCGGAAGAAGCCUCUUAUGCAAAGGAAUUGGCAUCUGCUGCUGCUGUUGAACUCAAGAAUUUAGCUGGUGAAGUCACUAAACUUUCAUUGGAGAAUGCAAAACUCGAGAAAGAGUUGAUGGCUGCUUGUGAGUCGGCAAAUUCCAAAUCUGCAAAUGGCGGUAGCCGCAAGUAUGAUCCCGUGAAACCUGCUCGUAAAAACCGGUCCUCCGGGAGAGUUAAGGAUGCGUAUGAUGACUUUGACUCAUGGAACCUUGACCCGGAAGACUUAAGAAUGGAGUUACAGGCAAGAAAGCAACGUGAGACAAGGCUAGAGGCUGCCUUGUCUGAGAAAGAACUCAUAGAAGAGGAAUACCGGAAAAAACUUGAGGAGGGAAAGAAAAAGGAAGCAGCUCUGGAAAAUGAUUUGGCAAACAUGUGGGUUCUUGUUGCUCAACUGAAGAAAGAAGCAAAAGGUGUGCUUCCUGAAUCAAACAGUAAUGGAAGGAAUACUGAGAGACCGGAAACUGCGAAUCACCAGAAUGUAGUAAAUGGUGAUCGCAACAAUUUAGGUGUUAAAGACAUGCAAGUUUUGGAUGUUUCACAAACGGCCGCUGUGGCAAAGGAAGAGCCCCUUGUUGCGCGUUUGAAGGCUCGAAUGCAAGAGAUGAAGGAAAAGGAGGUUAAUUAUAUUGGCAACGGAGAUGCAAAUUCUCAUGUAUGUAAAGUAUGCUUUGAGUCACCAACAGCAGCAAUGCUUCUUCCUUGCCGGCAUUUUAGUUUGUGUAAAUCAUGUUCACUUGCCUGUUCCGAAUGUCCAAUUUGCCGGACUAAAAUUACAGAUAGAAUUUUUGCCUUUGCCUCUUGAUAUUUGCUCUUUACUUCCCUCAAAAUGAAGGAGAUUUUUUGAUGAAGGAUCAUUAAAUUCAACUGCUGGUUAUUUAUGGUCCCAUGUCAUUCCUUGAUUGUUCAAUCUGUAUGUAAGCGUUGUCUAAAAAUUAUAGUUCCCUUUUCUGUAUGUAUUUAUCUAUUUAUUUUCAAACUCAAGAGUCAAAUGUUAGAACCGCAAAAUUAUGGAAUAGAAAAGAACAGGCUGAAAAGUGGGCAGAGAGAUCAGAGAUUUAAGAUGAACUCAUCAAUCUUCCGACUAUCUGUACACCAAUUGAUGGGUACAAAUUAGGUAUCUCAGUUUUCCAGAUCAAUAACACUGUAAUCACUUGUAUAUUGUAUUAUUGUUAUUGAAAGCUGUGUCUUUCCUUCA